AUGACGUUUCGGAUCGGUGGGAUAUGGUGUUCACGGGUCAACCCACGGCCUAACCAAGAUACUUUUAUGAGAAACCCUUUAGACGAACGAUGCCCCCAAUUCCCAAGAAGUCAGAUCAAGCUCCGAGUGUGGGGCAUGCGGUGGGUCUCAAUGCUGUCGGAUUGGCCACUUGCAUAUCCAAUUUCAUGCUCUAAAGUCAUUAUCACAAGAAGACACGUGGAAGAAGCUAAGACAUUUGAUUAUCAUGGAUUUAGCGCUUGGUCAAUCAAUUUUGAUGCGAUUCUAGGAACCAUGAUUCUAGCUCAAACUCUAAAGCCUGUGACCGAUGGAUUAGGCUCAAACUAUGGAAAUUCUGGUACUAAAAUCCUCAACAAGAAGGUCCAAGUCGACUCACGCGUUAUCUCGCCUUUCGAUCCUGCACCAACCUCAGAGUGGGUGUAUCUACAGAACACCAACGAUCAGCACCGGAUCGCUCUAUUCACACCCUCUCAUAAUUAUUGUAGAAGUUUGGCCAUCUGUGUAUCAUAUAUUCAAUCAGAGGGUGCAGGAGUGCCUAAGCUGCUAACAGUGUCACUGACGCAAGAGUGUGAAUACACUACGAAAACAGUACUGAGAGUCUUAAAAUCCAUCUACCAAUAUGAAGUUUCACCGGUUUACGGAGCUUGGUUGCUGGUGCGAUUUCAGGCUCGGGUACUUAUUAUCCUGUUUGCAGUAACUGAGCUCUCCAAGCAUUGCUUCUCGUCGAUAGGUCCAGCCGAUCCAGUAUUCAGCAAUUAA